AGGUGUCUAUGGAGAAAACUUCCAAUAGUUUGGCAAAUUCCUAAAGACACCCCCGGCGGCGUUGGCGACCAAUCGCGUGUUCCGUUUGUAAAGGACCGCGGUCCGAGAACGAUCGCGGAGAGGAACCCUAGAUUCACUACCGGAACUCCGUGAUCCACCCACGCCUUUCUAGGGUUCGAAGCCGCGAUUCCGUCGUUCGGUGAUGGAGAUCCUGAACAGGUUGAGGAACCUGGACGCCUACCCCAAGAUCAACGAGGAUUUCUACCACCGGACGCUCUCGGGGAGCCUCAUCACCAUCGUUUCUUCUGUCGUCAUGCUGUUCUUGUUUCUCUCCGAGAUCCGAAUGUAUCUUUAUUCAGCAACUGAAACUAAGCUGAUAGUAGAUAAUUCAAGAGGGGAAAUGCUGCGUAUCAAUUUUGAUGUUACCUUCCCAUCACUUCCUUGUUCACUUCUUAGUGUCGAUACAAUGGAUAUCAGUGGAGAGCGGCAUUAUGACAUAAGGCAUGAUAUUGUGAAGAUAAGAAUGGACCAUCUUGGUAAUGUGAUUGAAUCAAAACAAGAUGGCAUUGGUGCACCAAAGAUUGAAAGACCUUUACAGAGGCAUGGUGGAAGACUUGAUCACAAUGAAUCUUAUUGUGGUUCUUGCUAUGGGGCAGAAGUGUCAGAUGAUGAUUGCUGUAACUCAUGUGAAGAAGUUCGUGCAGCUUACCAGAAGAAGGGGUGGUCUCUGACAAAUCCAGAUCUGAUUGACCAGUGCAAGAGAGAGGGCUUCAUCGGCAAAAUAAAGGAGGAAGAAGGUGAAGGAUGCAACAUCAAUGGUUUUCUGGAAGUCAGUAGAGUAGCUGGAAAUUUUCACUUUGCUCCUGGAAAGAGCUUUCAUGGAUCUUAUAGUUUCUUGCAAGAUUUGCUGGGCAUUCAGACAGACAAUUAUAACAUAAGCCACACAAUAAACAAAUUAUCCUUUGGAAAGGAGUUCCCAGGUGUAGUAAACCCACUUGACGGUGUGAAGUGGAUACACAAAACUACAUCUGGGAUGUAUCAGUAUUUCAUCAAAGUUGUUCCUACAAUCUAUAUUGAUAUUAGAGGACAUAAAAUUCACUCAAACCAGUUUUCAGUGACAGAGCACUUCAGAGAUGCAGAUGUGUAUCCAAAGCCCCCACCUGGGGUAUACUUCAUUUAUGACUUCUCACCAAUUAAGGUUAUAUUUACAGAAGAAAAUGCAUCACUCUUGCACCUUUUCACAAACGCCUGUGCUAUAAUAGGAGGUGUUUUUACUGUUGCCGGAAUCAUUGAUGCCUUUGUCUACCAUGGUCACCGUGCAAUCAAGAAGAAGAUGGAGCUUGGCAAGCACACCUGAUAUGGUUAAAGCCAGUGUUUCAUUCCUUCUUCGACCAUGUGAUGUUGUAUGAAUCAUCGGAAUGAAUUCUGCAAGGGGCAAAAAUCACCUGACCCAAUCUGCUGGAGUUCAGAAACCAUUGUUAUUAGUUCGAUUCUUGGUCAUUUUGAUCAUUGCAUUUGGUUGGUCAUCCUAGUGAAACUGUUCUCGCAGCAAAUCCAAUAUAUGAUGUAUAAAUUCUUUUGUGGGCAUUCCCUCCCGAUGAGAGAACUGAGAAGUAUUUGAUACAAGUCAAAUUUCAAAUGAGAAACCCUGAUUGACAUUUGACUUUCAA